GGUUUCGGUCGUGGGCGGCGACUGCUGGGAUUCGCCGCGGUGUGUGUCAUCGCCGCUGCCGCUUGUGAUCUGGGCGUCUGUUGCUUGUUGCACCGCCCGCCGCCAAGAUGAUGUCCCUCAUCAACCGCAUCCUGGACUGGUUCAAGAGCCUCUUCUGGAAGGAGGAGAUGGAGCUCACGCUCGUCGGCCUCCAGUACUCGGGCAAGACCACCUUCGUGAACGUCAUUGCCUCGGGCCAGUUCUGCGAGGACAUGAUCCCCACCGUGGGCUUCAACAUGCGCAAGGUGACCAAGGGGAACGUCACAAUCAAGAUCUGGGACAUUGGCGGCCAACCGCGGUUCCGAAGCAUGUGGGAGCGGUACUGCCGCGGCGUGAACGCUAUCGUGUACAUGGUGGACGCGCACGAUCGAGAGAAGAUGGAAGCGAGCCGUAAUGAGCUGCAUCAGCUGUUGGACAAACCCCAGCUGGCGGGUAUUCCCGUGCUUGUCCUCGGCAACAAGCGUGAUCUGCAGGGAGCCCUGGACGAGCGUGAGCUCAUCGACCAGAUGAACCUGUCAGCCAUCCAAGACCGAGAGAUCUGCUGCUAUUCGAUUUCUUGCAAGGAGCGUGACAACAUUGACAUCACGCUGCAGUGGCUCAUCUCGCACUCCAAGUCAUCCAGUCACUGACGUACCGGGGACUACAAUGGCUCCCCUUCUGUACAUAGACCCGCCUGUGUUUAAUAUUGAGGGGCACCUCCCAGCAGCUGAGGUGCCCGUUUCCCCGCUGUGCCAUCUGUCGUUUGGCACGAAUAAAUAUUCCGAAAUUU